AGGGUUGGGAAGCGGGGGGAAGUGAGUGCCUUCGUCUGCCACAGCUCAGUGGCUCUGGGUUGCUUCUCACCGUGCUGCUUGGAAGCAACCAUAUUGCCUGUGCUGGGCUUCUCAGCGAGCUGGCGCCAGAGCUUUCGUCAAAGAGCUCCCCCUGAGGAGUAUCGAGAAGGUUUCUUGGUCCAUCAGAACAGCCUUGGCAGUUCUUGUGCUUCUGUCUGACAUCGAGUGGGUGCUCUAGCCCCUGAGGUAACCAUGUCUUCUCAUAAGACCUUCAGGAUCAAGCGAUUCCUGGCCAAGAAGCAAAAGCAGAACCGUCCCAUCCCUCAGUGGAUUCGCAUGAAGACUGGUAAUAAAAUCAGGUACAAUUCCAAGAGGAGACACUGGAGGAGAACCAAGCUGGGGCUGUAAGGAGCUGCCUGAGGGCCGCAGCACUUAUGCCCUCUUGGGGUCACAGAGUGAUGUCUUCUUUAUGAGGGUGAGGACAGCACUGAGUGAAGUUUAAAAGACUCCACUCACUGGACAGGGGGAUGCACUUCAUAAGGAAUCUUAAUCUUUUUCUGUCAUCAGUGCUAUUGGAUUAACAAUAAAUAUUUGACACAUUUUUUUCUAAAAGUCCUUGGAGCAGCCAGCAGAGGGCAAAGUUGAGCUGCCAACUGCAGCCCCAUGUGCUGUGCAGGUUCCCAUGUCUAAGCUGUGUCUUCACUUACUGCGUGAGCCUUGCUGAUGGCUCUGCUUGUGCCUGGCCCAUGGCGAUCCGGGCCUCUCCACUUGAAAAUGGGCAGCAUGGAGACUGGAGCUUUGGUCCAGUGUGCACUGGGACAAGGCUGAAUGGGGAAUUACAUUGCCUGGCCCUGAGGAAGGGGAGGAGUCCCCAUCUACCACAAGCAAGACACCGCUGGGGGCAACAAAGGAAAGUCAGGAGGCAUAACAACCCCUGACUUAAAAUUGUACUAGAAAGCUUCUGUGAUAAAAUCAGCAUGGUAUUGGCCAAAAAAGUUAAAACAGACCUGAGGAUCAAUGGAAUCGAACA